AUGCAGGCAUUAGAGGCACGUCAGCUCUUCGCUGGCCUCACUUCCAGUACUGGUGCCCAACCCACCGGCACUUCAGGUUCAAGCCGCCCCUGUGCUGUAUAUAACCUUCCCAUUGGCGGUGUCCUGUCACUACCUGGUGGUGAGGUUCUCACCUUGACUGCCGCGGGCUCAUACAAGCCAGCAUGUACGCCUGUCGUGCCCCCAGCUAUCAUAGCAAACGGAGGUGGAGGUUCUGUCACCAUUGACGAGACAGAUACCGUUCAGGACCGCAUCCCGGUAGCUGAUAGUGACCCAUUCUAUGCCUCGACCUUCCCACAGUGCUAUGCCCUCGCCGCUACGACCGUGGUGGCAUACACGUUGGUUAUCAUGUUGCUCAUCACUCCACGGUCGUUCCUAAAUGGCGGUGUUGUCGUUCUGGGUCGCAGAGGCUUCACCAAUGGGGGGAGCGGCCCCAGCAUUGGCGGUCGGCCGUGGCUACAGAAAGUGGCUGCGCUGACCGUGGCUAUCUCCUUGACAAUUGCCAGUGCCGCAACGUUCGAUGCUGCUGAACGGCAGUACAGAGAUGGUUAUCAGGAUGCCCGGGCUCUGCAGGCCGAAGUCUUAGGCGGUAAUGAGCUCAAGAUUAUCCGGAUCAUCUCAAACACAUUCCUGUGGCUUGCUCAGGCACAGACACUGAUUCGUCUUUUUCCUCGUCACCGGGAAAAGGUUAUCAUCAAGUGGACUGCCUUUGCCCUCAUCAUUCUUGACAUUAUAUUCCAAUCCCUUAAUUGCUUUCACUAUCCCGACCCUCCCUCGCGACCUGGCUUCUUUAAGGACGCUGUCCCUGCCCUCAGCUACCUCUUCGCCCUUUCAUUGAGUAUGAAGAAUAUGUGUCUGGUGGCUGCCUUAUCUCUUCUUUCCCUUUUGAUACCCGUUGUUUUCUUUAUUUUGGAUAUUUCGAAGCCUGAGUUCACAGGAUGGGGCGAAUAUGUUAGAUGGGUUGGCGCAGCAGCAGCCAGCGUCAUUGUCUGGGAAUGGGUCGAACGAAUCGAGGCUCUGGAGCGGGAAGAGAAAAAGGAUUGUAUCCUUGGAAGGGAGGUUUUCGAUGAUGGGGAUGAGACUUGGGAUAUGGCAUACUCUGAGUCCAAUUUCAGAAAGAGAAGGAAGCGUGGUAGGAACGGAGGAGACAAUGAGACCGGUGAUGAAAGGGCGAGUGACAGCAAUGCCAGAGCAGUCCGUGGGAUUGCCACACCGAUUAGCAGGGCCGACACUGCCAGCGCUGCCAGCACUGUUUAUGCCGUCAGAUAUCACAGCCCUCUUACCGACCCACCACCACAAGUUGAGGAUACCAGGUCCUCAUCUCCUAGCACCAGUACUGAGGCGACCAGUCCCAACCAUGAAGAUAUAAGAAAUCAGGAAAGCGGCCGCGAUGGUGCUUUACGGCCCUCACCCCUUCCCGAAAACUCAGAACCCUCGUCACCGACGACUCGGUUGCUUGCUUUAACGCGAAGACUCCCAUUUGCUCGUGGUCAUCAGGGCAACGACGAAGAGUGUGGCGAGUCAAACACACCGCCCACAGAACAGCGACAGCCAAAAAGAAGAUCACACAGUAUCAGCAUGGGCGGUUCAGGCAGUGGCAGUAAAUGGGACAUUCGCAGCCGCCUCGAAGAGUUUGCUGCGGCCCAGGCUGAGCGCCUGCGUGAAAAACUCCGGCCGACUCCGGAUACCGACAGCUUACCGGUCACCAUAAUCCCUGCGCCGCCGAGACCUGGUGCUGCGCUGGCAGAGGUAUUGAGGGAGCAACAACAGGAACAGGAGCAGCAGCAGCGGGAGCGGGAGCAGGAGCAGUCCCGGCAGCAAGAGUAUUUUAGAGGAGGAGCAUCUACGAGCAGCAGCAACGUCACUACACGCCACAGGAACGCCGGUCUACCCUGCGUCUACCCUUACGAUAUGCCCUUCUGGUGUGCUAUCACCCACUGGGCAACGGCCGAGGAGUACGGCUCCUUCGGCACCUCCACAGUCCCCUCCUCCUGGAGCUCCUGCAAGCUGAACCUUUGA